CCUGAAUUUCAGCCACUGCCCUGGCCUGUAGUGGAAAAAGUAACCCCAUGGAAGGAAGCCGAGCUUGUGUUCGCUGUAACAAGGGAGGAGGGGAGCCUGCAGUCUGAGGAGCACUCAGAUCCACCACAGAGCACAGAUGAGAGCAAACAGGUGCUGAGCAUGUGCUCAUGAUGCCAAGAUGGACUUUCCCAGUUCGCUGCAUCCCUCGUUGUUUACCACUGGCCCCCUGGGCCUGAGUGAGACCCCAGACCUGUCUUUCACAAGCAGCUGGAGAGACACAUUGAACCUGUCCCAGGCUCUGCCACUUAGCCCUGAGAUCGAGGCACCGCUCUCAGCCAAGAGUCUGUUCUGGGUGCCAGAGACUCCAGGGCCCCUGCCUCUGCUACCUCCUGGACUGGACCCUUGGACUCCUGGAGUGACAGCUGUGGACCUGCUUUUCCGCGGACGUCGCCCCUUCCGGAGGGCACCCCGUGCAGUGCUCGAUGCCACUGAGCAGAUCAGCCGUUUUCUGUGGGACCAUGGGGAUGUGGCCUUUGCCCCACUGGGGAAGCUGAUGCUAGAGAACUUCAAGCUGGAGGGCAAUCGGAGCCGCUCUAAGAAGAAGACAGUGGUUAGUGUGGAAACGCUGCUACGGGACCUUGAUGGAUACCAGCCCUGGGGGUGCCCCUGGGCCUACAUGACCCACCGACAGCGGCGCUUCUCCUUGGUUGGGGGAUCAGUGCUGGGGAGGUCGGUGGCUACGCUGUUGGCAGAGCUGCUGCAGGAGGAGCUGGCCCUGCGCUGGGAGCAACUACUUCUGGAUGAUGCGUUCACGGGGGGCGCGCUGGCCUGGCUUCCGGGCAGGACACCCCACAACAGGCAGCUGUUUUACCCCGCAGGUGGCGCCCUGGACAAGCUGUAUUUCCUCGAGGUCAGUGUAAAUGCAGAAGGUGACCCCCAGAUCCUUGGGGAGCCGGGCCAUAUCCAGCUCCGGGGUCCUAUUCGGCAAGUGGUGGCUUGCACUGUCCAGGGAGAAGCUCUGUUGGCUGUCCGCUCCGACUACCACUGCGCCCUGUGGAAGGUGGGUAGCCAGGGGCGGCCUGCCGCUGUUCAGGUGCUGCAGGUCACAAAGGGCGCCACCGGAAUCAGCCUCAGCCCACACCUGCCUGGAGAGCUGGCCGUCUGCAGCAGAUCGGGAGCCGUCUGUCUGUGGACCCCUCAGGAUGGUCUACGGCAGGUGUACAAGGAUCCCAAUACCCUUGUGUUCCGGGACCCGUCUCCUUGGCGCUGGGCAGACUUCUCUGCGCAUCCUCGGGUGCUAACCGUGGCUGACCGUACGGGUGUGAAGAUUGUCGACACGCAGGGCCCUCCAGGCUGUGGUUUGCUCCUUUUCCGCUCUGGAGCAGAGGCCUCGUGCCAGAAGGGAGAGCGUGUCCUCCUCUCCAAGCAUCUGGGGGAGUCAAGCCCCGAGUGUCUGCAACCCACACUCCAUCUCGUAUGUACCCAGUUCUCUCUGUACUUGAUGGACGAGCGCAUGCCCCUAUUGCCCAUGCUGAAGUGGAGCCAUGGCCUCCCCUCCGCGCCUCUGAUGGCUCAUCUGCUACCUGCACCUGCCCCAGGCUGCCCAUGCCUGCUGCUUCUGGGAGGCCAGGGAGGGCAACUGCAGCUCCUGUCCAUCACUGGAGGCAGCACCUCUAGUCCACGUCUGACAGGUCCUCCCCAGUCCCUCCCUUCCAGCCAGGACUCUCUCUCUGCCUUUCCACUGCUGGAGCCCAGCAGCCAUCGGAGGCUACAGGAGCGGCUGGAAGCCCCAACCAUAGGUCUGACCGCCACUAUCCCACACUCCACCAGCGCGUCUACCACCCCUGCCCUGUCGCUCUUCCAACUCUCUGCUGCAGGCGACAUCUUCCACCAGCGCCUCCACCUCCAGGCAGACCUCCAGGCAGACCACAGGCCUCCCAAGAACUCGGGACCUGCCUCCUGGAGCCCCCAGGCAACGGCUUUCUGCAGCAGUUGGCUGAAGGCUCUGCUCAGGGUGCCUGCCACACCCCCUGCCUGGACUGCCCCUACCUUCUCCCACCGCUAUCCACUGAAGUGCAGGGAGCUGCGGGGUGCAACCGGACAAGUGCCUGAGGGUCUGCGGGCAGCCAUGGCCAGGGGACAGCUUCUGCGGAGGACAGACCUGGGCCAGUUGCAGACCCUAGAGUCGCCGCCAGCUCCCGAACCGGGUCCCGAGGACGAGCUCACGGAGCGCCUGGAGACUGCCUGGGAGGGCCGGCUAGACGCCUGGUGGCAGCAGCAGUAUGGUGGGAGCAUGAACUCCGGGAGGUCGCGCUGCAGGGCCAAACGCCGCACUACGCUGUCCAGCACCUUCUCUUCCCUCAGCUACUGCUCAGACCCCCCCAGCCCACCACGCAGCCCCGAUCCCGAGGACUCCGAGGCCAGGCCGCUGCCCCCUGCUACCCCCACCCCGCUGUCACAGGAGCUGAGCCAGGAGUCCUGGGUGCGGGACAUCCCCUCAGAGCGGCAGCAGACCCUCCGCGACUACAUGGCUCAGCUCCCGCUGCAAGAGACCACACUGGCUGCUGCCCCCUCUCUCAGCUCCCAGACCCGAAGCCUCCAGGCCACCCCCAACAAGACUGCUGCCCAGCGGCGGCCCCAAGGAGAUCCCUGGGAUGGCACUACCAUGUCCCUAUCCCAGACCUCUACCGUGGCCACCCCGUCCAGGAGGCAGGCGCCCCGGAAGAAAGCGCGCAUGGGCUUCUGAGUGGCACCUUAAGACCUGGGAAGCAGAGGGCCUGUGUGAUGUGUAAGUGCUACAUACCUGCGUGUGUUCACGAGUGCCUUU